GAUUGAAAUUUGCGUGGAAAGUCGUAAAUUUUGUGAACAGCUAGACAGAGACGGAAGCUGAGAGGCUGUUCAGGCCGGAAGCUUUGAAAAACUGCGGCACCAUCGGCCAAGAGCAAAACGACGAAGAAUUUGAACCCCGUGGAUGCUCUGGUCCCACUUGCAAGGGACCGAAGGUAAAGGAGCGCAAACCUACCGCAGUCGGAUCCGGAAGUGGGGACACGGGUCAAAUGUCAACGUGCACGUGCGACAGCAGCCGUGGAAUGUCCUUGAGGAACCAGUACCGACGGAAGGAGGAUCAAGCUAUUCCACCGCCAUCAAGCCCUCUCCGUUGUCGUCCAGAUUGAGACAGAUGGCGUUCACGUCGACGUCGAUGGCCUGUGUGACGGAGGGUGAAAGCGACGGGGAUAACGAUACGCCGAAGCAUCAUGCUGUAAAGUACGAUCCUCAGGAUCGUCCUCGCACCGCUGCAGUGGCCAUAAGCAGGAAUCGUCCGGCAUCAUUCGCGUCCGCAGCAGACAUGAGCAUGAUGGAAAGUAGCGGCAGCAAGUCGGAAGCAAUCGAAGUAGACGCCCCGCCUCACGCUCACGCCAAGAACACGCCAACCUGCGUUGCGGGAGGAAAUUCGUCAUCUUCGUCGUAGAAAGCAGCGGUCUACCUCUACCCAGCUACACGUUUUGGGAAAUUCACCGGGAGUUUUGCUGCCCCCGCAGGACGCCACCCAGGGCGGUCGGCCGUGUUUGUGACGCAGGCGCCGUACCAGACGUACAACCGGGUGGUGCUACCG